AUGGCCCCUCCCGCCGCUGAGAGCGCCUCACCGAUUGGUAUUGCCAACCUCCCUAACCAGCGACACAAGAUUGUUGCCAAGCGAGGUGCCGCCUUCACUAUUAUGGUUGCGGGCGAGUCCGGCCUGGGAAAGACGACCUUCAUCAACACCCUCUUCUCGACGACCAUCAAGAACUAUGCCGACCACAAGCGCCGUCACCAGAAGCAGGUCGACAAGACCGUCGAGAUUGAGAUCACCAAGGCUGAGUUGGAGGAGAAGUUCUUCAAGGUCCGCCUGACCGUUAUCGACACACCCGGCUUCGGCGACUAUGUCAACAACCGCGAUUCGUGGAUGCCCAUCAUCGAGUUCCUCGACGACCAGCACGAGUCCUACAUGCUCCAAGAGCAGCAGCCUCGCCGCCAGGACAAGAUCGACCUGCGUGUCCACACCUGCUUGUACUUCAUCCGCCCCACCGGCCACACCCUGAAACCCCUCGAUAUCGAGGUUAUGAAGAGACUCUGCUCGAGAGUGAACUUGAUUCCCGUCAUCGCCAAGGCUGAUACCCUUAGCCCUGCGGACUUGGCUAAGUUCAAGGCUCGCAUCCGUGCUGUCAUUGAGGCCCAGAGCAUCAAGAUCUACCAGCCCCCCGUCGAGGAGGACGACGAGCCUGCUGCCCAGCAUGCUCGCAGCCUGAUGGCUGCGAUGCCCUUCGCCGUCAUUGGUUCCGAGAAGGAUGUUAAGACCGGCGACGGUCGCAUCGUCAAGGGUCGUCAGUACUCUUGGGGUGUUGCCGAGGUCGAGAACGAGGACCACUGCGAUUUCAAGAAGCUGCGUUCCAUUCUCAUCCGCACCCAUAUGCUCGACCUCAUCCACACCACCGAGGAGCUGCACUACGAGGCCUACCGCGCCCAGCAAAUGGAGACCCGCAAGUUCGGCGAGGCCCGCCCCAGGAAGCUCGACAACCCUAAGUUCAAGGAGGAGGAGGAGGCGCUGCGCAAGCGUUUCACCGAGCAGGUCAAGAUCGAGGAGCAGCGCUUCCGCCAGUGGGAGCAGAAGCUCAUUGCCGAGCGCGACCGUCUCAACAAGGACCUCGAGCAGACCCACGCCCAGAUCAAGCAGCUGGAAACCGAGCUGGAGCAGAUGCAGGGAAGCGCCGUCCGCAGCCACGGCCGCCGCUAA